UUCCACGGUAGCACUGAUAGAGUUUUGGAGCUCUCCUUGGUCUUGUCUGUAUAAAGGUCAGUGGUAUAACCAUCUCUUUGCAGUAGUUAGUGUUAAGCUGUCAGACUUUACGCAGAAAUGGUUAUGGAGGGCUCAUGUGUUCUAGCCCUCAGCUGUAUUGAGAAAGCUGGAAUAUAGAGCUAGGAAUUGGUAACUGCUUCAGUUCACUUGGCAGACAACUAUAGUGACAUGCAUCUGAGCUCUUAGCUGAUCUUGGCUUUUAGCCUGUAGGAAGGCUGCUCUCACAUGGUAGCCAGUUGAAACAGUUUCAGGGGUGCUAACCUCUGCCUCACCAACUGUUAAGAGUUUCUAAAUCACAUCAAAUUAAAGAGUUGGAAAGAUUAACCCUCUCUGAUUGUAAAGAUAUUUAUGACAUCUGACUGUGGAUAUACAGCAUACUUACUAGGCACUAAAACAAUUUCACAUAUGAGUACAAGUUCUCGAAUGGGUAACACCUCAUGACUGGGAGACUCCAGGAUAUGUCAGUCAUCCAAUGUGGACUAGAUUGGAAUACAUUUAAGUUCAGAAGCAAGUCAGGUAUUGAAUGUUUGGGAAUGCUUUGAAUGGAACUAGUACAAUAAUGCGUAUUUGAAACCCAGAUUUUUCUAUCUGUCACUUUACGGUGGCACUUGGUAACUGUAAAAUGCCUAUGUAUAGCUGGACUGGAUAAUGGGUCCAGUGGUAAGUAUGCAAUGGAGAGGAAAAUGAAAACAAAAUAUUGCAUUUUGUAGUGGACAUGGGUUUUCUGAAAUAAUGGGUCAGCUCAGUGAAUCUAUGUACACACUGACACUACAUCUGCCUGAUUUCUUUCUUUUUAAACAAAAAAACACAGGUAGAAUGUCAAAGAUGACUUUAACCUCUGAAUUAAGCUUUGUUUACUGCUUAAAUAAGUAAUUGCAUAUUUAUAUUGAAAUGUGAUGUUGGCAUGUGAACUAGAGACCUGAUUGAAGCAGUGACUUUUCAUUUGCAUUACUGAAGCAUUAAAAGUUUGCUAUAAUAUAAACUUAAUUGGAGUUGUAAACUUGGGCCAUGUUUUGACUAAAAAAGAAAGUGAGAGUUUUGUUUGUUUUUUAAUGAAGUUGUCCUGAAUCUAUAAAUGUUAAGUAGGCUUCUGGUGAGACUACUCUGGUAGACUUCAUCUUGGGAGAAAGUCAGGUCCAUUAUAAAGGACUUCUUUAUACAGUGUUUUACUGGGGAACACUGAAGGAGCUUGACCAGUCCUUACCUUCUCAUGAGGAGAAAGGUUUCUAAUUACUCUAAAUAGAUAAUUGUUACAUAAGCUUGCUGACUGAAAUUUUAAUUUGUUUCUGUCACUGAAUCUUCAAUGUGUGAAGCGUUUUCCUAUUACAUGACAAGGUUGCAGCUGGCUUUUUCUUUUUUUUCCCAAAAUAUUUUAUGAUUGACACACUGCUACUUGGCAGUCAAAUCUUAGCAUGUUACUGGGUGUGGUCAACUGUAAUUAUGUAUGAACGUGGCUGUAUAAACUUUUAAAGUCUAAUAUAAUACCAGUAUUUUUGAGAGAAUGUUUAGGAUCCUAUGUGAGUAGUUAGAGUGGUUGGCCUGCUUUAAGGAGGAGACUAUUUCAUAACUUAAUGACUAUUUAUACAUUCAAAGUCCUAUGCAAUUGGUGGUAAAUAGAAUGUAACUCUCUUGCAUAGUGUCUUGCAGCAGGGUUAGGUUUGCCCAUGCCAGUCAGCUACAGGACUGUGGUUUGGUUGGUUUAGUAUGUAGCCUUUUUCAUUGAAAAGGUAUUAUGGUGUGAGUGAUUUAAUUACCCCGAUCUGAUGUACAGGGUCUUAAGACAUGUCUCUUCCUUCCCUUUCCAGUGAAAUUUGAAAAUAAAUUUAUAUAACACUUCAAAAUUCAGUGCUAGUUACUGGAAAGCUACCUUCUACCCUGUCUAUGAGAGAGGGCUAAGGAAAGUGUUUUGGAUGGAAUAGACAAAUUAUAAUAACAACAAGAGGAGCAAAACAUAUUUUUGGCUAUAACUAGAGAAAAAUGCCGGAGCUGACGUUAUAUCCGUCCAUGUUAUCACUUCAUUCAAUCUGAGUCAGGAUUUCCUGGCAUUCAUCUAGGCAGAGGCAAUGGACUUUGCUGUUCAUGCUAUAGCAUGAGAGAUCAGACAUGGCUUCUUGUGUACAUGUUGUUUCCCAUAGCCCGUAUCAGUAAAUUUUCAUAAAUAUUCAACAUACUUUUUUUUCUUCAUUCUUUCCAUGAUUAUUGCAGAGUAACAUUUCAGUUACAGUCUCUAUUUUUAAAUAAUCAAAAACUGUACUGCUCUUACAGCAGUUAAAUAUAACCAUUUACAGAGGGCUCACCAAUAUGUUAGCUGAUCAAAAACACCUGGGCUGGUUCAGCUCUCAGCACUGCUAGAGAGCUGUACCUGAUAUCUUGCAUUUCAUAUAUUAUGAUUUUAUGAGGAUGCAUGUGGAACCAGGGAAUUGUGUUGUUGCAUAUGCACUUUUGGGUGCACUUCUGAAGCAAUUUUGCUUGGAAGUAGGGUAGGAGGUCCCUGGGUAACACUUCCCCCUAGCCCUGCUUCUAGCCCUGCUUGACAGUGUUCUCUUGUGUGGUGGGGGUGCGUGUUCUGAACAAGGAUGAGGAGUGGCUUUGCAAUGCUUUCCACACCCCUGGAGACAGUACCUGAAACUUAUUUGGUUGUAAAGUGUGAGAGAGAAUGCUGUGUCUUCUGAAGUUUACAAAGCCCUCUUGUGAACGUAGCCUUUUCAUAGCAGGAGUGGAGGAAACCCGUAAAUAAAUUGUUUCUGUUAAUAUGCAGGUGUUUUUAGUUACUUGGAGUGAAGGUGUUUGUGUGUGUUUUAGCAAAAUGAGUAUUUUUUCCCUUAGCUAGAAGAAAUUAGGGGGGAUGUUCAACAUCAAACAUUGUUCAUAUUGCUGUAUCAGUUAGCAUUAAUAUGUAUUUACUUACGUCUAAAAUGAUAUUGUUUCUUGGUUUUUAUUAUUUUUUUCGUAUUCUAAACCUACUCCUUUGAACAGAGGCUUGAAAGCUGUGUACAAACUUUUUCUUCUUAAAUUAAAAAAAAAAAAAAAGGGCUUUACAGAAGAGGGAGAAGAAACAGGAAAGAGCAGGCAACCAAACCCGUGCCUCAGGAUACCACCCCUGAGGUGUGGUGGGGAUGUCUGAGCUGGCCUGCUCAUUUACGUGGCAGAUACUAGGGUCUGAGGUAUGUCAGUGCUUUCAUACAGUGCUGAAAUGCAACAAGAGCUGCUACAGUGUUAUAAAUACCAGAUUCUGCCUUGUGUUAUUGCUCAAAAUUCUCCUUCAGAUGUGCAAUGUGUAGUUCUUCCUUCUGCUCAAGAGAAGGUGGGGAAAAGCAGAGGCAGUAAAGCUGGUAGGAUGAGAGAUUUCUAUUCAUCUCAUUUUCUGGCAGAGGCAGUUCUCAGACGUGCCUUGGCAGUGUCUGUAUUUAGUAGCUGUGUUCCUGGACGCUGGCCCAGUCACAAGGUGCCGCUGGAACAAGUGACAUGGGAAUGAUGCCUGAGCUAAGACCUGGUGCUGGAGGAAGUGGGGUGGCCCGGCUGGCCAGUCGGCCUGUGCCCCAGUUCUUGGCAGGGCUGCUGGACCCUGCACUGCCUGCUGCUGUUUGGCUCAACCUCUUCAGCUCCAGUGAAAGCUGGAAGUUGGUUACUAGGGGUGCCUUUAAAACCUAAACCGGAAAGCAAAACCAAACCAAAACCCUGGAGUUUUUUAAAAAUAUAAAGUUUAUUACUAUGAAUCUUCUUCUGCAAAAUAGUGGACUUAAUUUAGAUCAACUGAGCUCACUAGCUGUUAGAAGCUAUGGGGCUUAGGGAGAAAAGUGGGAUGGAAGGGGAAGAGUUGAUUAGGGCUAAGCAAGGCUUUCUGUACUGAGGGAAAAACUAGGUGAUGGAUCUAUGGUGCUAAUCUGAUUUCACACUUCAGAUUUCUUUGUUUGAAGUCCUAGUUUAACAAAAAUAAACACACUUUUCUGAAUACACAAAUACAUGUUUUCUUAAACGCAAAUAUAUGCAUUUUUUUGUGCAAUUACAAGUCUUGAGCUCUUCUCUUUGCUAAUAAGGAAUUCUAUUCCUGGCACUAGUAACUGAGAACACUGUCUCUGUGCUGUUUAUGGUACUACUUCAAACGCAUUGUACUUGUUGGUUUUUUUUGUUGGGUUAUGUGUGUGGUGUGUUUUGUGUGUGGUGUUUGUUUGUUAUGUGUGGGGAUUUUUGUUUUGUUUGUUUAGGCUUUUUUACAUUAUCACUGAGGCACUGUAUGAAACCUAGCUCCCAAACUCCUGACUUGGAGAUAAGCCAAUGAAUAGUGAAUCCAAACUUAUGAAGUUGUCUGAGUUGUGAAACACUGGUUUAAUAGGCUGUUCUUGAUGUUUGUGGAAAGCUGAUGCGUGCAAUUUAUGGUGACCUUAACUUGUAUAGAUCUGUUUGUUAGCCUCUAUCAGGUGUGUGUGGGUUUUGUGGUAAUUUUUUGCAUGUGCAUGUGAUGGCAUUGCUUUCUAGCAACAGAGAUGAUGGAAAAUGCUUCCAACCUUGUAAAAAUCCAGUAUAUUCUCCUCUGCUAAGACAGGAGUCUGUGAAAUUCUAACUUUUCAGUGAACAAACAUAUCAAAUGUUGUUUUGCUUUUCAUACAGUAAUAUAGAGAAUUUUUUUUUAAUUAAAAAAAUAAAGGUCACCUUUCUGUACAGUGAUCUGUUAUCAAGAACUUUAUUUUUCUCUACUAAUACUCUCUCCUACAGGAGAACCUGAACUGAAGAAAGAGAGAAGUGCUGCAAAUAACAUGUUCCUUCACUUGUUGCCUGACUAAUCUGCAAUGUAUCCUGCCUAACUUGUGUGAAACCAGUAACUAUGUAUCAUGCUUGAACAAGGUGGUUCAUCAAAGGUUAAUAGUGCUUUACCAUAUUAGGACUACGUUAGAUCAUUGCAGAAAAAGAAUGUGGUGUGGCAUCAGCACAACUCUUCCAUAUCCAAGGUUUUAAAAAGAGGAGCGAUGCAGGGUAAAUAGUUCAAAUUGGGAGGGAGGAAGGGAACCCACAUCAACUACAUAAGCUAUUCAACAGACUAAAAGAGGGAAAUUCAUCAUUAAGCAAUCCAAAAUAGAUUCUGCUUCACCUUUAAACAUGUGUUUUGGCACAUAUCCUGGAUGUCUGGGUCGUAGGCAUUUUUUGUGUAUCAAUUUUGCUAAGUGUAUGUUUUGCAAAAACAAAUGCUCACUGAAACAGCAGGUAUGAUUCAAACUUUCUGUUUUCCCACACUUCUUUGGCCUGCUUAUAAAAGUUGUUUGGAAAAUAAAACCUUGUUGGGGGCUCUGCCAAUAUUCUGUUAGAUUUGAAAACAGUGCUUAAGUUUUAGUGGACAGCUGUGACUCCUGCAGAAAAUUAUUCUUAACUAGAACCCCAAAUUUUCUUGUUGAAGUGUUACCUUGAGUUGAAAUAGUUUAGCCGAUUGUCUUGCAGUGGAGAUGAAGGACAGGAAAUGACCUACAAGCAGAGCAGGUGACAUGCUGUCACAUAGCCUAGAAAAAGUGUGAUUAACUCUGCUUCCCAGAGGAUUAUAUCUCGAGAGCAGGACACUUUCUUCUCUUUUCUAUAUCUACUCCUUUAAUUCAGAGUGUUUUUCAUAUGUGGGUUUGCAUUUCUUUCAGAAACCAUUCUAUGGAUUUUUUGGUGGUAAUUCCCCAGGUAUUUUGGGAUUUAUAGUAUCCUACAGAUGAGGCAGAGUUGUGAAGUGUGUCUGCUUAAUAAGCUUAUAGGAGUUCCUAGUCCUGGUCUCUGUGAAUCAAGUAUUGUGGUCAUUUAACUGAAUGUUUCAGAAUUUUGUAUUUGUUUGUGGAAAAGAUAGGACAGAAGUGAAAUGCUAUCCAUCGCUUAUCUUAGCGUAGGAACCUAGCCAUCAGUUGCGUGUUCCAUUUGCACUUCAGAGGUGACUGAUGUUUAAAACAGUCCUCCUCAAUGAGGUGAGGUCUAGGAGUUGCCCUCCCCUUGAUCUUUGAAUAAGGUGAGAACAGGCUAAAGCUUUUCAUUUGUUUCCCUUGCUUGACAGGAGGAGUAAUUGUGAUCUGGUACUUGUCACUACUCUGGGAAUUGAAGCAGAGGGUUUUGGUAUUGCUAUAGGCUUCCCUCUGCGAUUGAGCAAGUUGUUGAACCUCACCUUGCUCUAGUUUUCUGCUCGACUUUUAUCCAGUGUUUAGAGGUUGGGGUUUACUCAGAUUACAAAAUCCUUUUAAGAAGGGUGCUGUGCUAUUUGGCAGGUAGCACGUAGGACCGGGUUUUGAAAUCUUUGUUUUCUAAUUCUACUGCUGUAUUAUUGUGUGAGCAUUAGCCAAAUUAUUUCCCCUUUUUUAAUCUGGAAGGGAAAUAGCACUAUGGCUGUUAUCUUAUAAAAUGUCUAAAACUUUACCAAUGGCAGGGGAGAAGCUAUGUAAGACAUGAAUUAUGAGCAGACGUGUGGAUAACUUUUUUUAAAGCAGGGACAGGGAAGAGGACUUUGUUCUGCAGUGGAAUUACCGGAGUCUGAAGAAAACAUCACGUUCCUUUGUUCUGUUUGAAAACUUAAAUUUUCUUAGUCAGAAGUAUUUCAUUAGGUAUUUUGGUCAUCAGUACUGCCAUUAAAUUGGUUUAAUAGGCGUAUGACUAUAAAUUCUCAUCAAACAAGUUGAUGUCUGUGACAAACUUGUUUUGGUUGUUUUCCCUUUUUUUAAAAACUUUUCAAAAUAGUAGUUUCAAAUUCUUGGCCAAGUGUAAAUACUGUUUGUUCUUAAAAGUAAAAGCAUUACAGCACAGAAUAUCUAGUGUGUUUCUGGUGUUGGUCAUUUCUUUUUAAGUGAUAACCAUAUGUCAAUGAUGACAGAUUCAUAUUUGCUUCUAAGCUAUAUGAGGUUGCUAGGGGUUGUCAGAUGACGCUUGCUCACAUGAGAGCCAUUAACAGGGUGUUGUAGCCACUGUUAGAACAACCUUGCAACUAAGGGCGAGUCACUGCAAAAGCAACUAUGCUUUUUAUUUUUUUAAGAGGCCAUAUGGUUGGGUCUUGUGACUACAUAAUUGCCAGCUACCUAAUCACAUACCAGGAAACAAACAUAGUUAAAGUCAAUAUUAGCUGUUGUAUCUGCUACAGCUUUGUGCCAGCCCUGGUAGGAAAAUCUCUGACAGCAGCAAGAGCAAGUCUACGGUGGCUUCUGAAACUUGAAAGUCAUGUCUACUCCUCUGCCUGGAAUAACUGCAGCAAUACAUUAGCUACAGCUGUCUUUCCGCAUUAAUGGCUUAUAGAAUAUAUGAAGAUCUCUUUGCCUUUUUUUCCCCUAACAGGAAAUUGAGCAGACUAUGUUCCUGUAUAGGGAAGAAAGCUGAUGGUAAAUUACCAUUGUUAAUGUUGAAUCUCUAGUAGAAAAAGCAGCUUGAGGCUGUGUCUCUUCAGUGGGUAUUUAAUUUCCUUGGAGGAGCUUUACAAGAGGAUUUGUAGCAAAAGAAAAUGUGUGGGGGUACAUCAAAAGCUGCAAAUGGCACAGGGGGACAAAUAGAAAGAGCAAGAGACAGCAAUGAUGUACUACUUGGAAAGAAUCUCUCUUGUACCAAAUUGGAUGAAAGGAUUAGAAAAUCUUUGAGAGACCAAAGUGUCAGCUGUGUAAGCAAAGUGACUAGACUGCUGCAAAACAGCUGGUCCUGUUCAGAGUUUGACUCGAAUGAAAUCCGCCUGAUUGUUUACCAAGACUGUGAGAGGAGAGGCAGACAGGUCUUAUUUGACUCUAAAGCAGUCCGCAAAAUCAAUGAAGCUGUCGUUCAGAAAAUGGUAGAGGAUGCUUCUGUAAAAGCUGCUGCCAAGAACUGCCAAGCAAGCAAUGGGAACAAUAGUAUUUCUUCCUAUGGUCCCUCAGUAAGCUGUAUACAGAAUAUCAAAGAACAGAUACCUAAGUAUCAGUACACCAGACCAGCCUCUGAUGUCAACAUGCUAGGAGAAAUGAUGUUUGGCUCAGUGGCAAUGAGUUACAAAGGCUGCACAUUGAAAAUUCACUAUAUACGCUCUCCCCCACAGCUGAUGAUAAGUAAAGUCUUUUCAGCCAGGGUAGGAAGCUUCAGUGGAAGCAACAACAACUUACAAGAUAGCUUUGAAUACAUCAACCAAGAUCCUAGCCUGGGAAAGCUGAGCUCAAAUCAGAAUGGUUUGGGAACCUGUCGCAGUGGAAGUAAUUUAGGUGUGUUACAGCUGUGCAGCAGCAAACUGCUGCAGGGUGUGUCUGAAGGAGGUCCCCUCCGCCUCAUCCGCAGUGCUUCUUUCUUUGCAGCACACAGCACACCUGUCGAUAUGCCAAGCCGAGGACAAAAUGAGGACAGAGAUAGCGGCAUUGCUCGGUCAGCAUCUCUGAGCAGUCUUCUGGUCACUCCUUUUCCAUCUCCAAGCUCUUCAACAUCAUCAUCUAGCAGCUAUCAACGUCGCUGGCUCCGAAGUCAGACAACCAGUUUAGAGAAUGGAAUUAUUCCAAGAUGGUCCACUGAAGAAAUGUUUAGUAUGGCUGAUGAAAGCUGCAGCUCCAAUCCUGCAAUGAUUCGGAGGAAGAAAAUUGCAAUCAGCAUAAUCUUUUCUCUGCCUGAAAAAGAAGAAGCACAGAGAAACUUCCAGGAUUUCUUUUUCUCUCACUUUCCUCUUUUUGAAUCUCACAUGAACAAGCUGAAGUAUGCAAUAGAGAAGGCCAUGAUCUCAUGUAGAAAAAUAGCAGAAUCCAGCCAAAGAGUGCAGGUUUAUAUCAGCCGUGUCAUGGAUGCCCUGGGAGAAUUCAGGGUUACAAUCUGGAACCUAUAUUCUGUUCCAAGGAUUGCAGAGCCUGUGUGGCUUAAUAUGAUGUCCAGCACCCUGGAAAAGAAUCAGCUAUGCCAGCGUUUUCUUAAAGAAUUUACGUUUUUGAUAGAACAGAUCAACAAAAAUCAGUUCUUUGCUGCUUUGUUAACGGCGGUGCUGACGUAUCAUCUGGCUUGGGUCCCAACGGUAAUGCCAGUUGACCAUCUUCCCUUAAAGGCCUUCUCUGAGAAGCGCACAUCACAGUCUGUGAACAUGCUGGCAAAAUCCCAUCCGUAUAACCCUCUCUGGGCACAGCUUGGUGAUCUUUACGGUGCCAUAGGCUCUCCAGUUAGAUUGACUCGAACUGUUAUUGUUGGAAAACGCAAGGAGUUGGUACAGCGCUUGCUCUACGUUCUAACUUACUUCAUUCGGUGCUCUGAGCUGCAGGAAAAUCAGCUGACGUGGAGUGAGAAGGCUGGGGAAGAAGAGCAAGUGCUAAAUGGAAGCAAGAUCACAACUGCACUAGAAAAAGGAGAGGUAGAAGAGUCUGAUUAUGUGGUUGUCACGGUUAAAAAUGAACCUGCUCUUGUGCCUCCAUUCCUACCUCCAAAGAAUGAUGGCAGUAUAAUACAUGACCCUGAAAGCACUCAUGUUGUCCCAGCCUCUUCAAAAGAAAAGAGAGAAGCAAUAGGAGAGGUCAGUCAGAACUCUGAGGCAUCUGAUGGUCUAUCUAGCAGUUUCCACAAAGGAGCAGCUGAUGGUAGGAGAAGAAAUGUCACUGAUACAGGAAUUGUAUCCUACCACUUUGAAGAGCCAUCUAAAUUUGAGGAUUUAACGGCUAUAAAGAAGAAUAAGAACCAGAAUGAGAGAAAAGUGGAAAAGCAAUUGUCUGGUAGGUCAUCUGCCUUACCUUGUCCUGAAAGGUCUGGUCACAGGAGUUCACACUUAGAAAAGGUCACCUUUCAGAUUGGAAGUUCUGCAUCACCAGAGUCAGACUUAGAAACUCGUAGAAGAGAAAUGGAAGAAAAUCUGAAGGCAUUCAGAAAAAAUCCAGAGGUGAUACAUUGUGCCUCCAGUUCCACAAAUCUGACUGUGGAUCCUUCCCAGAAUCAAAAAGAAAGUUGUGAAGCUGCCUUUGUACCCUUCAGUAAAUGUAACGUUCGUUAUGCACAAAUCCCACCUUGUGAGGGGAUGGAGAGUAUACUUAACCAACAUAUUGAAAGUAAAGGAACUGAAAUUAAUUUAGUGAACACAAUAUCUAGUGAACCACUUUUGCCCACAGGUAACAUAGAAACUGUAAAAUUGCCAAGCCUGAAAGAAACUAGAACUUUAUGCUCUGGCAAUCUGGAGAACUAUUCCUCUGGCUGUAUAGAAGUAGGUUCUGCUGUCAAACAGGAUUCUGCUAAAGUAGGUGCUAAAGAUGUCCCCUAUGGGGAUGCUGGAAGGAAAAUCUCCUUCAGAGUUGAAGGGGACAUUCCAAGGAAUGAGAGCUCAGACAGUGCUCUUGGAGCCAGCGAUGAAGAAGGCGAUUGUUGUAUCCCAGAUGAAGUGCGUCAUGAUAAUGUCAGCAAAAGACUUGAAGAGUUUACAGAAGUGGAACUUCCUUUACCCAGGUCAAAUACAAUCAGCAGUCAAUGUGUGAAGAAUUUUGGAAGAUCACUUCUGGGUGGUUAUUGUCAUACAUAUAUACCUGAUCUAGUGCUGCAUGGAAUAAAUAAUGAUGAAAAGCUGAAGCAGUGUCUACUAGCAGACCUACUUCAUGCAAUGCAUCAUCCAGUGCUAGAUGAGCCCAUAGCAGAAGCUGUCUGCAUUAUUGCAGACACAGACAAAUGGAAUGUACAAGUAGCUACAAGCCAGAGAAAGAUGAUGGAUAAUAUGAAGAUAGGCAAGGACGUUUUGGUUUCAAGUCAAGUAUCCAGUUUAUUGCAGUCUAUUUUACAGCUUUACAAACUCAAUGUCCCAGCUGACUUUUGCAUAAUGCAUCUUGAGGACAGACUACAAGAGAUGUAUCUCAAAAGCAAAAUGCUUUCCGAAUAUCUGCGAGGACAUACAAGAGUGCAUGUAAAAGAACUAGGAACUGUGUUGGGGAUUGAAUCCAAUGACUUGCCUUUGUUGGCUGCUAUAGCAAGUACUCAUUCCCCAUAUGUUGCUCAAAUACUCUUAUAAAUGGAAAUCUCAGGAUAGUCAUUCCCUUAAAGUAAAAUAAAGAAAACAGGAAUGUCAAAUGAAGAACAGAGGUGCCAAACACUGGUAAAGGGGAACACUGAGGAAAGCAGAUGAUGACUGUACAUUCUGCCACCUUCUGAUUCUGAUUUCAACCAGAUGUUUUAUUGGAGGACUUCAGUUUACAUAAUGUAAAAGGCAUUCAGGUUUUUUCUUACAAUCUCACUUCUGACUUAAAUCAAGAAAGUGACUGCAUCUUUGCAUUUUAUUUUGAUUCAAAGGACAAAAGUUAACACUAUGUGGCAGACUGGGAGCUGCCAUCCAAAACGCUGCUCAAAACCAUGAAGUAACAGUUGAAAGAACAAGUGAGUUAGAAUGUAUGUCAGAAUACUACGCUUGGGUGUGGUGUAUGUUUCUUUGCUGGGGAGAAGGAGGCGCUGUAAACUAUGUAUAUAGCAUUCCUAUAUGCAAGUAUAUUAGAUGGGACAUGAUUUUCUUGCAGAGCAUAUGCAUGACUUUUGUAUAGUAGAAGUGAAUGGGUCAGAACAAGGAACCUGGAUUCAGCAGCCAAAUUUUGUGUGGGAAUGGAGGUGUGCAUGAGGUGAUGUGACUUUCCCUUUAAGGACAAGAGGUUAAGCAAGCUGUGGCUACUUCUGUUUUAAUAAGGAGGCGUUCAGAUGAGCCCAUGGCUAGAAGUGGAAUGGAAUGGACUUCUGAGAUAGGGAUUUUAUGGGAAAGCCUUAUGGAAUUUCUGCUACAAGUUUACAUUUGUUGCUGAUGCAACUUCAAUAACUCUUUUGAGUUUCUGUAUGACUGUAGUCCUGGGAGCUAAACCUGUGUCUUGAUCUCAUCAAGUAUUACUAUCUUCAAGGAGUAUGAAUUUGAUGAACUCAUGCGUGAUACCAGUGCUGUUAGCGCGUGUCUGUGCGCACAUACGUCAAGCAAUUGCCACAAACUGAAGACAAUCUUACUGGGGUAAUAAAAGACAAACAACCCCCACCAAGCCUCUAGUCAAAAGUAUUACUUUUUUCCAGCUACUAGUUGUCACUUGAAGUAGGAAUAAAAGAGGACCAUUGUUUGAAGUAAAAUGAAAUGUAGGGGGCAAACCCCAAUAUUUGAUAUUAUUAUGAAUGUUUGCAGUUGCCCUUUUUGAUUCUACAGAAAUCUUGAACUAUAAUCUGGGUGCCUUUCCUUAAUAGGUUAACUACUCUGAGACCAGAAGCUACUUCUCCACUAGUUGAUACUGGCCUUCUCUGUUUCUAGAUAGCAAAAUAAAAUUUUGUAUUUUGCUGGUUUCAUGUGAUUGAUAACAUGAAUGUGAAAUAAAAAACUUUUAUUGUAUAAAGCACUGUUAAGCUGGAUAUGAAACUGUGGACCAGACUGAGGAAAGAACAAAGGAUCAAAACAACCGUUCUUAAAGAAACGGAAAACUCAAUGUUGGACUGUUCUGUUGUGAGCCAGCAGGAAGGAGGUGUCUGAAAUUGUCAGCUUGCAAGCAAAUUGCUGGCAACACAGCUGCUUGGGAAUAGUGACUUUUUAUAGGAAACUCCUGGUCACUGGUUGUGAGUUCUCCUCCUUAGUGAUUACAGAUUUUUAACACUGAAGGGACACACUUUAAUUAAAAGUGUUUUUAUUUCCUACUACCUUGAUGUUUGGACUUUUCUACAGUAAAUUUUCAGUUAUUUGAAACAAGGAAAUGUUCAUAUUGUGAGUUGUUUAAAUGUGAUGGGGGUCUUGAUUAACUUUGUAUUGCUUUUUGAGGGAAAUAGGUAGACUGACUUACUGUGAAGAAAGGUUGUUUCCAAGUGGAGGGAUACUUAUUAUUCUGAUACAAUGUUUCUAAAGCUGUUUCAUAUAUGCCAGGUUUCUGACCUAACAUUCCAGAUGUUUCUUUAAUCACAUUUUCAUACCUGACCCUAGUAUUCUGCCUAAAAAGCCUGAAAUCUUUCUGUGGUUCAGGUUUUCUCCUACUGCUUAUAGUUUAGCAAACUUUUCAUAUCUUUGAUCUGAGAGUCCUUCUGUCUGUGGAAGGUAAACCGACCUCUGCAAAUAGCUGCUAGCAGGUAUCACUCUCUAUUCCACGAGGUUAAGACAAAGGAAGAACCAUAAAGCGAAUCACAUAAACUACCCCUGUGAUGGAGAAUGUGUGUGUGCACAUGUGUAGGACUAUGAAACCACUUCCCUGAGUGUAUAUAGAACUCCUCAUGUACCUCCUCUAUUUCAUGUCACUCUUAAAUAGUAGCUGAGCUCACUGAAAGUCAGUUACAGUUCUCUUAAAGUAUAAGUUGAGGGUUUUUAUCUGAACAGACUCUGACAAUUCUUCAAAGAAAUAUGUGCUUUUGUUAUCAGAGUGUGCUAAGAAAGUCAAAGGUCAGGCACCAUUCAGUAACUUCGUGACUAAUACCAGGAUCAGUAACAACCUGAUUUUACUACGUCAACUAUUUUUAAAAGAACUGCCUUUUGGCAAGACAUGAAGUUAACCUAAGGGUGGCCUGUGAGACGAUGGUCAAAAGCACUUGAGUUUUCUUCAGCCCAGGCUAAGACUUUAUAGUUCUUGCUGCUUUCUCUACCAUUUUGCUGCUCUUCAGAAAUUACACAGUGAACUACCUUGUUUUCACAGUUUUAGUUUUGGGGGAAAGAAAAUCUAAAAUGAAAGCUGUUUACUACUUUUAAAAGGCUUUAGACUAAAGAAAGUUAAAUACAAAUUUUCCCCUCCACCAAAUGUACUACCUCAGUUCACAGGAUUCCACCUUCUAGGGUUUUUUUGGUUCUAAGUCUUUAACUUGUUUUUGGUAGCAUUUUGCUGUUUAUGUAAAUUAGUGUGGCAUGACAGGGCAGUAAGUAUUUAGAGAUGUGUUGUUAGACAUCUUUAGGGCAUGUUUCUGGUUUUGUUUUUAAUAGGAUGAAAAGUGACAUGAAUGUACAGAUGUGUUUGAAAUUUAAAAUGUAGCUUAAUUUUCAAAUAUUCCAAAAUUAGUUUUAUCAGUAUUAUAUAGUUUUUUGUAAACUGAAAUACAUAUUUUCUUGGGUAAGUGGGAGUGCACAGUCUUUCCAAAAUCCCGUGUGAAUGCAGUUUACACAGUGCAAUUUAAAGAAUGUAUGGGUUUUUUUCAGGCAAGACUAAACCUUCAUACACAGAGGGGAGGAAUGAAAUGCUAAAUUGUAUUUAAACUAAAUUAAUUCUUUAACCCAAAACAAUAGCAAGAUCUAAACAUUUUAAGCAGGUACUCUCUGAACUACUGUAUACAACUUUCUUCUGCCCAAAAAAAACCCAGAGACACUGAUUCUGUAAUUCUGUAAUACACACUUCUAAUGGCAUUCUCCAGAGUUGUAGAUUGAUCUUCCCCACUCCCUACUAUAUGCAUCUUAACUUUUUCAAGUCAAAACUCCUUUUCAAAUACACUGAACUAUUAUAUAAAAAGUUUACACAAAAUGAUUACUUGUCCUUUAAGUAUGACUUCUACUUCAGUUAAAAGGACCCAAAUCAAAAUCCCAUCUGAACUGCUGAAUAUAUUCUAGACUUUGUUUUUUUUUUUUUUGGUGAGGUCAAGUGGGCUAAUUUGACAUACAUAGCAGGUUUUCCAUAGUAGAAAAAAAGUUGUUGCUAUUGCAUGUUUGGAGAUCAUAGGCUUCUUUAGGAAUGACUGAAUACCAGUGUCAAACUACAUGGGGUUUUUUUCUUAUAGUUGUUUAUGUAUGCUAUCAUUUUGGUCUAUUUCUUUGCGGCAUUUGGUGCAAUAAACUUUCCGAAAUGAAAGUAAA